CAGCGGGUUUACGGUCUCCUUCUCCCGCGGUCCCGCCGCGGCAAACUCGAACGCCUCGCGACGCGUGCUCUCUCGCGCGAUGCGCUCGCGGGGAGGCGGCGCGGCGGCGUGGCCGGAGCACCUGGCCGCGCACGCGCGCCUCCUCAAGUCGGCGUGCCCGGACGCGUUCCUCCUCACCACCGCGAUGCGGGGCUACCUCCGCGCGUGCCUCCCGCUGCAAGCCCUGCUCUUGCUUCGCUCGGUCCUGCCGCGGGCGCCCCGCCUCCUCGACAACUCCUUCUCGCUCUCCCUAGCGAUGCAGGCAUCCGCCGCGCUCUCGGCCUCCGUUCCGGCUAUGCGUGACCUCGGCCUCGGCGCUGCGUCCCUCCACGCGCGCGCGCUCAAGUCCGGCUUCGCCGCAGCCGACCUCUUCGUGCGCACCGCGCUCGUCGAGGCUUACGCCAAGGCGGGGCGCGCGGACCUCGCGCGCGCCGCUUUCGACGAGGCGCCGCGCAGGGACGUGUUCCUCUGCAACGUCAUGCUCGCGGCAUACGUUACGCGUGGCGAGGUUGCGGAGGCGAGGAGAGUGUUCGAUGGAAUGCGCGAGAGGGACAUGGUCUCUUGGAACACGAUGAUCCAUGGGUAUGCGGUGAAUGGGGAGGUCGACCUGGCGAGAGAGGUGUUCAACGGCAUGGACGACAGGGAUGCCUUCUCGUGGAGCUCCAUGAUGUCGGCGUACACCAAGGGGCGGAGGUCCAAGGAUGCGCUGGAGCUGUGGCGGGAGAUGCGCGCGGCCUGUGUCAACCCGGACUGCACCACCAUGGUGAGCGUGCUCUCGGCGUGCAGUGAUAUGGGGGCGCUUGCUGUUGGUGCUGAAGUGCAUCAGUUUGUGGAGAGCAAUGGGGUUGAAUUGGAUGUCAAGCUUGGGACCGCUCUGAUCGACAUGUAUGCCAAGUGCGGUGACAUUGAGAAUUCAGUAAGAGUGUUCCACUCUAUGCCAGUGAAGGAUGUGCUGACUUGGAGCUCGAUGAUCAUCGGGUUGGCCAAUCAUGGGUUCGGCCAUGAUGCUCUCUCCUUGUUCUCAAGGAUGCUAUCAGAAGGACUGCAACCAAAUGAGGUUACCUUCAUUGGAGUUCUUAUAUCAUGUACUCAUCUUGGUCUUGUGAGCGAUGGCAAGAAAUAUUUCAGCUCAAUGAGUGUAGUGCAUGGUGUAACCCCUAAGGUUCAGCACUAUGGAUGCAUGGUUGAUCUUUUGGGGCGAUCAGGUCAUAUUGAGGAGGCAAAGCAGCUUAUCAGGGACAUGCCAUUCGAGCCAGAUGCAGUCAUCUGGAGGGCACUUCUAGGGGCUUGUCGCAUCUACAAGAAUGUAGAAGUUGCAGAGGAAGCUAUGGCGAAACUGCGAGUAUUGGAUCCUCAUGCCGAUGGGCACUAUGUCUUACUGUCAAACAUAUAUGCACAGGCGAAUUCCUGGGAAGGUGUUGCAGAGAUGAGGAGGACGCUUAGGAGGGAGAGAAUCCAGAGAAUUCCUGGAAGAAGCUCGAUUGAAUGGCAGAAUACAAUUCACGAGUUUAUUUCUGGUGAUAGAUCGCAUCCAAGGUCCAAGGAGAUCUACAAAAUGUUGGGAGAGAUGAUGGAUCGCUUAAGGCAAGCUGGAUAUAAGCCAAUGACAGGUUUAGUGUUGCAAGACAUUGAUGAGCAAUCUAAGGAACGUGCACUGGCUGAACAUAGUGAGAAGCUGGCAGUUGCUUUUGGGCUGCUAACCACUCCUGCAGGGUCAACUCUCCGAAUAACAAAAAAUCUCAGAGCUUGUGAAGACUGCCAUUCAGCUAUUAAGCUUAUUGCCCUGUUAUACGAGCGCAAGUUGAUUAUUAGAGACCGUAACCGUUUCCACCAUUUCAGUGAAGGACGGUGCUCAUGCAAGGACUACUGGUGAUUGGCAAAGUUUCAAACUUGUACCAAAUGCACCGUGUAGGAGUUGUUAUCUUAUUUCCAUGGUCUUCACAGGUUUUCUUUUAGCUGAACAUGCAUCUGAAAGGACUUCUUUCAACGAACAACAUAUCACAAUUUUUCUUGAGUCAUGGAAGUCAACCAGGGGCUUCAAAAACAAACAAUCUUACAUUCCAACAACAACAACAAAGCCUUUUAUCCCAAGCAAGUUGGGGUAGGCUAGAGAAACAUAGAGACCAGGACCAGAAAGCUGCCUGACGAAACCGCACGGCCGGAAGGAAGAGGCGAUGAUCCAAUAAUUGGGAUCGCGCACGCCACCUCCACGAAUCAAAGGGCAUUUUAUCCAGUGUGGUCGGGGUGUGGCACCAGCCGCCGUCCGAUCAUCGGGGGCUGACGGCUGGGAUGUCGCACGUGGCGUGUCGUCCCCGGAUGGGCAACGGCUGUCAGCAGAUCUGGAAGGAGAAGGACCCGACCGGUCGGCGUCUGACCACCUCAGGAUCUUUUUUAUUUGGAUUAUUAGAUUAUUUUUAGUGUUAUAUAAUAAUUGAUCGAUUGAUGUGUACAGCAAUAAUAAAUAAAAUAAGAGGCACGAGUACAGAUGGAAUUUCUCGGAAUGCAACAGUAAAAAGACUAUUCUUUGGCCUAACUCUACCCUGGGUUGUGUUUGUGAUUUGUGAACUGUCAAGUGGGCAGUGGAAAAGAAAUGUACUUUUCUAGCA